AGUUAAAAUCUACAUCCAAAGGCCAUUUUUUUUAAUAGGAUAAGACAUUUCUUUAAAAAGAUACGAUAUCUAUAAUGAUGGGAACAUUUCAAUGGAAGAGUCCCAGGACUGUAAUGUCAACCGGCUGAUGCCCCGAGAUCCAAAACACUCUUGGCGUAUGUUUUCGCACUUAUAUGCUAUUUUUUCAGGACACUGUGAAAACAUUGAGACUUAAAACCCUAGUUAUCUGAAGAUGUCUUUUAUUUGGCAUUAUUAGCCACAUAUACACCACAUACAUUAUGGUAUGGUCAAGAACUGUAUUAGAUCGGGUGCAAGUGUUGCUGUCAGUGGGCAACGAUGCCUCCUGCUCUUCCCCGCCCCCAAUGCAAUGUUGACCAAAAAACAGCAUGAACGUUCAACUUCUUAGCAACACACACCAAACUAUAGCCAUCUGACACCCAGCUUUAGUCCUCAAGAACUCCAACAUAACAUUUACUGACCGGGAUAAAAAGGUAUGUGCGGCCAUCAUUCUCAUUUAUCCGAGAUACACGCCGACCAAAUCCAUUGUAUUACAUAUAAGUGAGGUUAAGCGCGUCAGUUUUCCCGCUUUCUGAGCUAAGCUAACUGUUAGCAUCCCGAGGGGAAACGGAGCUAGCCGGAGUGCUAACACUUCAGACUAUAACCCAGCCCUCUCGCAUCCGAUAAGCAGUAGGUAAAUACAGUUGUGUACUUUGUACUGAGUAAUUUAGCAUAUAACCUAUUUUAAACCGAAAGAUGUGCUAUACGUUAAUAAUGUGCUCGCGAAAAACGAACGCACGAGUUUUCUUCAAAGUUCGCGCGAGCAGAUUAUCACUUGAUGCAGGCGUGUCUCUCUCCCUCUCUUUUGUCAGCAUAAGCUACGAAGCUAACAAAGAGGCCAGGUAUACAUAUAUUCCAUCAUAUUCGACGACCGAAAUGAUUGUAAAUACAGUGGAUAUUACUUUAUAUUAAAACGCCGUGUUGUUUCUCGAGUUGCGCGACUGUUUUCGGAAGUCUGUCAGCCGCCGUGACUUCGGCCAGGAUUUCCGGCUGCUUUUACAUCUGCCCUUCUCUUGUUUUGUUUCCGUUUCUUCCAUUUCCGUUUUAACUUUCCCGAAUCAAAAGUCUUGAUGUGUAGCCACCCCCGAAAAGUUUCACAAGUUUUAAAAACUCUUCUUUUACGUCCAUUUUUGUGGUUAUAUUAUGAAAGCCAAAAGCAUUCCAAUAUGGCAACUGCGUUUGUAUCGAUUCGCGCGUCGUCUUCCCACCCAGUCGCUGGUGGAAAUUCUGUUAUUGAAGUAUUAAGUUUAAAUAAGCUAUCCACUAAAACAAUAAAUUGUUUGAACAAAAAGAGUGGCCUAUUUAAUAAAUAAGCGUAAAUAACAGUAGCAAUAUGGGGAAGUUGUCACGAUGGGCCUGUACUCGAGCAAAGCCCCGGUGUUGCUUGACGGGAUGUCAAAAAGUGAGACUGAGGAGAUGAUUGAAAUUGAGAUUGAUGGACAGGAGAAACAGGAGCGUCUAGAGGAGGGAAUUGAGGAACAAACCAUCACAGCAGCUGAACUGAUUACGCAAGACAUUGACAUCAGUGAGCCGAUUGGUAACCUGAAGAAGUUACUGGAGCCUCGUCUACAGGUCCCACUGGAUGGAUAUGACAUCUGUCUGCAGGACAUCCUUUUGCAUCCUGACCACAGCUUGUUCGAUCAAGGAGUGAAGACAGAUGGCACAGUACAGCUCAGUGUGCAGAUAGUCACAAAACAAGGUGAAGAGAAAUUGAAUAUCCUAGAGAUAGUGAAACCAGUGGAGACUGUGGAAGUGGUGAUCGAUCCAGAUGCAGCUGCAGGGGAGGAAGCCCAUCUUGUGGAGGAUGGACAUGUGAUCGCAGUGGAGCGAGCUGCCAUUCCAGAUGAGACUUCAGAACAGGUGACCCGCUGGGCGGCCGCAUUGGAAGGGUACCGCAAGGAGCAGGUCCGACUGAACAUUCCCUAUGACCCGGUGCAGUGGACAGCAGAUCAGGUGAUCCACUGGGCAGUUUGGGUGAUGAAGGAGUUCGGCAUUGAGGAAAUGGAGGUGGGUGGCAUUCACAUUCCUGGUCGCCAGCUCUGUGGUUUCAACCAGGAGGAGUUCCUUCAGAGAGUGCCCAGCGGAGAGAUCUUAUGGAGCCACCUGGAGCUUCUACGCAAGUAUGUACUUGCGAGUCAGGAUCAGGGUCAAGAAGCUACAGUCACCAUUGAUCAGCCUAUGCAGAUCAUUCCUGCUCCAGUGCAGCAGGCCACACCCACAGCAAUUAAGGUGCUUAAGCACAACAAAACACCCCGAGCCCCCCGUAUCUCAGGAGAGGAGCGCAGCUCCCCUGGCAACCGCACAGGUAAUAAUGGUCAGAUCCAGCUGUGGCAGUUUCUCCUGGAGCUUCUGACAGAUAAAGACUCACGGGACUGCAUUUCAUGGGUGGGAGAGGAGGGCGAGUUUAAACUCAAUCAGCCCGAGCUGGUAGCUCAGAAAUGGGGCCAGCGCAAGAACAAGCCCACCAUGAACUACGAGAAGCUAAGCAGAGCUCUCAGGUACUACUAUGAUGGAGACAUGAUCAGCAAAGUACAGGGCAAGCGCUUUGUCUACAAGUUUGUGUGCGACCUCAGGACUCUGAUUGGAUACAGUGCUGCAGAGCUCAACAACCUGGUGACGGAGUGCGAACAGAAGAAACUCGCCCGGGUUCAACUGCACGGGCUCGGCCAGCCCGUCAACACGGUCACGCUGGCCACCGCCACAGGGCAGCCCGUCACCACUGUCACUUUGGCUGCAGCAGCUUUAGAGAAAGACAGUUGAAUGUGCGUGGUUCGUUACUCUCAGCCAAUCAGGAGAUGAGGUUAAGAUGAGAAGAAACUGGGUUUAAGAUUUGACUUUGGGAAUGGUGGGAGACAGCGGAUUUGUACGCAGAGUAUGUAGGUUUGCGUGUCCUUAAAAAUGCUUAAAUGGAAUGUGUGUUCGUGUGUGUGAAAGAGAGAAAGUAUAGAUGAUCACGUAUGAGCUUUCAGUUUUUGUAUGCUUGUUCUCUGACUGCUGGGUAUCAUUGGCUAUAUUUCCAUUGUAUAUACUCUGUUUUUGAUAGCCAUGUGGGCAGUGUAUUUUGAUAUUUUCCAUUUGUAAAGGAUCUUUUAUUUUUUAUUUUUGAGUGUCCAAUUCCCUCAAGGUGAGGUACUUUUUACCCUCCACUUGAGGGCAAUAAAGAGACAGUUGUUUUUGGAA